CAACUGUAAAGCAAACAUAAUUCAAUAAUAUUUUUUUAUUUAAGUCUUACAUUGAUUGUUGUGGUUAAUAUGAAAAGCAGCAGUAAAAUGAAAACAAUUAUAAAUGGAAUAAGCAUCUCAUACCGAGUUGACAAAGGAUAUAUAAAGAUUUAUUCUUAAAUUUUCUUUUCUUUAAUUGGAUUUGGAACAUACAUAUAAAGUUAUGCCUUCCUGUUUGAAAGAAUAAGCCUCUGGAAGGAAGAAAUGGACGCUUUUCUCCCCCCAACAUACAUGAAACUUACAAAGCCAACACAAAGAGGUCAAGAAUAAUGGGCAACAAGCUACACCUACACCAACCCCCCAUGGCAGAAUCAGAUUCCAAAAUUAACAUAGAACAAUUCCAAUAAACCAGCUCAGUCAUGAUUCCUUUUCAUUCUCAAAAAAUUCCCAUCAUUUGCCUUUUAACAUCAACUUUUCUGCAUUGUUCAAACACCCAUUGCUGGAUUCUUUGCAGGCUUCAUGACAGAAAGGUUUUGCUGCAUGGUAAUGAAGAUCAACAUUGACUGCAACGGGUGUUACAGAAAAGUAAGAAGAGCCCUUCUUGACAUCCAAGAGUUGGACACGCAUUUGAUAGAGAAGAAGCAGUGCAGGGUAAGCGUUUGUGGCAGGUUUAUCCCUCAAGACAUCGCCAUCAAAAUAAGGAAGAAGACCAACCGCAGGGUGGAGAUACUGGAAAUACAGGAAUUCAACAUCGACAAUGAACAGAUCAGUCAUGAAGAGAAGGCAUUGAUCAGUUCCUGGAAUCCGGAAUCCAACCAAAACCAUGUCGCAACCUGUGUAACAUGUACAUGAAUUUCUACACAUAUAUAUAGAAAUUAAGAUGAUUUGCUAGCUGCAUCAAGUGAAUAUAUGUAAAACCCUUAUUUGUUAACUGUAUAUAGCUGUAACUAUAUCUGGUUAUCAUCA